UACUUGGGCUCCCAUACUCAGAUUUGAAAGCCAAAGAAAAAACAACAUCAGUUCCAGCGCUCCCAUCAUGGGAUUGGAUCCGUUUUUUUCCCUCCCCAGCUAAACUUUCCCGCGCGCGGCCGCCUAGUCCCGCGCGCGCCCAGAGUUUUCCCGCGCUCUUCCUCCGCGCGUCGUCCGUCUCCGCGUGCUCCAGGUCCGAUCCCCCGCGUGCGGUCCUCAUCUCAUCUGCAGGUACCUGCUCCGAUCUCUUCUCUGCAAAUUCAUGUGUAAAUGUUGUGCGUGUAUCUCUUUGCCUGGUGCUGGUUCGUGCUCCCAGCUCCUCAUCCCUGUUGCGCAGUACAGGCUUGGAAAGCAGAGCAAGAGAGAUACAGGGAUCCCUGUUGCGCAGAAGUUCAUGUCCGACUCCGAUCCCCCACCUGGAGAUAUGUGGAAAGAAGGUCAGGGGUCAAGGGUGAUGUCCGAGGACAUUGAGAUUGAUGAUAUUGAUAUUUCAUCAGUUUGUAGUGAACCUAGUGCAUCCAAAAUGAAGGCAAGCUGUGCGGCCAACUACUCUGCGCAAGAGGAUAUCCAACUAUGUGAGUCAUGGGAGAAUAUUAGCACGGAUCCUAUCACUGGAAAUGAGCAACCUGGUGAAGCUUAUUGGAAGCGAAUUCAUGAUAACUACCAUGCCAACAAGAAAUUUGAAUCUACUAGGACUGCUAACUCUCUUAAGCAUCGGUGGGGCAUAAUUUACAAGGAGGUGCAGAAGUUUCAGGGUUAUUUUGAGGAAGUUGAGCAUCGCCAUCCUAGUGGUGUGUCUUUCCAGGAACAUGUGCUAGAAGCACAAACUAUAUAUGCAGACAAGGAGCCAAACAAGAAGGGUUUCACUUUCAAUCAUUGUUGGUUGAAGGUUAGGAAAUAUGCCAAGUUCACAGCUGUUCCGUCCUCCAAAAGGCCUAGAACAAGCAACUCAAACUCAAUUGAUGUUCUUGAUCAAGAAGAUAAUGAUAGUGGCAAGUGCCAAACUCCUGAGUCAUCCUUGUGUAGUGUGAAAAGGCCUAUGGGGAGGAAGCAAGCAAAGGGGAAGGUGAAAAAGGGAGGGAAAGAAUAUAAGUAUGCAGGGAUGCUUGAGAAAUUGCUUAUUGAAAAGGAAAAAAAUAGAGAAGCUAGAUGGCAGGAGUACAAGAAGAUGCAAGAGCGCAAGGCAUCGAUUGAGGAGCGCAAGGUUGCUAUUAAGGAAAGGAAGUUGAUGUGGGAGCAAGAACAGAAGAUUAUUUUUUCUGAUGUCAACACAUUGGACUCCAAUGUAAAGAUGGUGUUUACCGAUGAUGAUGAUGAUGAUUUUUUUGAGCAAUGGUGGGAGGAAGAGGAAUCAGAUGAUGAUGAUGAUUUGGUUGUGGCUAUGCUCAUUCUUGCUGAUGCUGAACAAAGGGAACGCAAGAAGGCUCGGCGUGGUUCGAAGGCCUUGUUUAGUUCCAAAAUAUUUUGCAAAAUCGACACUGUAGCUUUUUCGUUUGUAUUUGACAAAUAUUGUCCAAUCAUGGACUAACUAGGCUCAAAAGAUUCGUCUCGUCAAUUUCGAC